GCAUGAUAAGCAAGAAAGAAAGAGAGAGAAAGUAGAGUAUAAAUAACCUGUCAACACAGAAGGAAAGCUGACACGUGGAACUUAACCCAUAAAAACUGAAGAAGCCCGUUUUCACUUCACGGAAUUUGAAAUUUCCUUUACACUUUACACUUAAAUCUCAACAAAUAUAGUAAUAGGAGAAGUAGUGAUUUUUAAUUUUGGUCCAAUUUCUGCAUUGUUUUCAUCUGGUCUGGGCCAAUUAUUUUAAACCCGGGGGUUUGGUAGAAAAAUGAUAAAAAUAGGGCAAUAUAAGAAAGGAAAAAUGGAUUGUUUUGAAGCAUUACAUACAACAGGAGAAGCAAACCAAGAGAAAAUAAAAGGAGUAAUCACACACGGGGGUCGUUAUGUACAGUACAAUGUCCACGGUAGUUUAUUUGAAGUUUCUUCUAAGUAUGUUCCUCCUAUUCGUCCCAUUGGUCGUGGUGCUUCUGGUCUUGUUUGUGCUGCUGUGAACUCAGAGACACACCAGGAGGUUGCUAUCAAGAAGAUUGGUAAUGCAUUCGACAAUAUCGUAGAUGCAAAAAGAACACUGAGGGAAAUUAAACUUCUUCGCCAUAUGGAUCAUGAAAAUAUAAUUGCCAUUAAGGAUAUCAUUCGACCUCCAAAAAAAGACGCAUUUAAUGAUGUUUACAUUGUCUAUGAACUGAUGGACACUGAUCUUCAUCAGAUAAUUCACUCUAACCAAUCUUUGACUGAUGAUCAUUGUCAGUAUUUUUUGUACCAGCUCCUACGCGGGUUGAAAUAUGUACACUCUGCGAAUGUCUUGCAUCGGGAUCUAAAGCCAAGUAAUUUGCUUCUGAAUGCAAAUUGUGACCUCAAGAUUGGGGACUUUGGGUUGGCUAGGACCACCACUGAGACAGAUUUCAUGACCGAGUAUGUUGUUACUCGCUGGUAUCGAGCCCCUGAACUGCUCCUAAAUUGUUCUGAAUACACGGCUGCAAUCGAUGUUUGGUCUGUUGGUUGUAUAUUUGGCGAAGUUAUGACAAGGGAACCCUUGUUCCCAGGCAAGGAUUAUGUUCACCAGCUGAGGCUUAUUACUGAGUUGAUAGGGUCACCAGAUGAUUCAAGCUUAGGAUUUCUGCGUAGUAACCAUGCCAGGAGAUAUGUGAAACAGCUCCCACAAUAUCCCAAACAGCAAUUUGCAGCAAGGUUUCCAAAUAUGUCUCCCGCUGCCACUGAUCUGUUGGAGAAGAUGCUCGUGUUUGAUCCCAACAAGCGCAUUACUGCGGACAAAGCACUUUGUCACCCUUAUUUAUCAUCCCUCCAUGACAUUAAUGAUGAGCCCAUCUGUUCAGCUUCUUUCUGUUUUGAUUUCGAGCAGUCAUCCUUGACAGAAGACAAAGUCAAAGAGCUCAUAUGGAAGGAAUCUGUGAAGUUUAACCCUGAUUAUCCCGCUCAUUAAGUACAAUUGACAGGACAAAUUGCUUUGCUUCUGGUACAAAAGGUAAUCUUCUUGCAGUUUUAACUCUUGGAUUCAUUGCUCUUUCUUGGAGGAUAUUAACCAUUUAUUGAAAAAUGAAGCUUUUUAUCAAGAUUCAGCAGCUAGAAUGUUAACCGAAUUUGGUUUAUGUACGUAAACUUGGAUCCUUGUAUAGAUUUAAUGAGAGGAAAAUAAGAAGAUUGGGAAUGCUUUAUAGCCGUAAUUUUAGGUUAUGGUUGAUUAUAUUAUCAUCUCCUCAAAACUUUUAAAAUGAAUUAUCUUGUUUUUUUUUUGUAUAACUUGUGCGGAACUUCUUGACAAUGUAUAUUACCGAAGUAGAUUAUAUUCUCUGCAAUCAGCAUAUUAACUUACAAAGUUGAUUAUAUUGUUAGUCUCCUAUCCUUGAUAACUAGAAAUGUGUAUGUCUGGUGCAUUUGAUCGAGCUUCUCUGUUGUAAAUCAGGUGUUAGUUUGUUACACGAUUUAACAAAAUCAAUUGCUGUUCUAAUUUAGUUGCCGAAAGUUUGUUCUGUCAAGAAACUAACUCAACUAAAAGGCUUAAAUUAAUGGCUAAAGCUCUAGAAUAUAUUGUCUAGAAGUACUUACUAUUUUGCAUUUGAACUAAUUGCUAAGUAGUCUGUAGGGAACUGACAUUCUAUAUAUUUUCUUCAGCUAGUCUCUUGAGAAACUGUCCUUUAAGAGACGUAUUUCAAACUCAACUCAUUAAAGAUUGAUGUCUACUUACUGUGUUUUUAAUGUCAAACUUAUUUUAUUCUUGAUGCUUACUUACCGUUUUCUUAAUGUCUACUUUCAAUAUCUUAAAUAUCUACUUACAUCAUUAUUAAUGCAUACUUACCAUAUUUUGAAAAAUAUAUAAUGGGCCUCCCCAAUUGGAGAUGGUCUCUCAUAAAAAUUUGUGAUUUUUCUCAAGAUAAAGGGAAACAUUCAAACGGGCCUGUAGAUAUAGACUACUUUGUGAAUUUUAGAAAAAUUUGAGCGAAAAAAUAAAAAAAAUUAAUCAAAUAAGCGAAAUUCUAAA